GGGGGCGGGAGGCGCAGGCCGCGCGGCGGAGCGCCGAUGGCGGCGCGAUGAGCCUGGCGGAGGGACGCGCCCCGCGGCGAACGGCCGGGAACCGGCUGUCGGGGCUGCUGGAGGCCGAGGAGGAGGAUGAGUUCUACCAGACCACCUACGGAGGCUUCACCGAGGAGUCGGGCGAUGACGAGUACCGCGGAGAUCAGUCGGACAGCGACGAUGAGGUGGAUUCCGACUUCGACAUCGACGAGGGGGAGGAGCCCGGCAGCGACCAGGACGAGAGCGAGCCCAAGCGCCGGCGCCGCGUGGUCACCAAAGCCUACCGGGAGCCUCUCAAGAGCCUGCGCCCCAAGAAGCCCGACGUGGCCAGCGGCAGCUCGCAGAAGCCCCGGGAGGUGAAACCCGUCCCGCUGGAGCUGCAGGACGACGUGGGCGACAGCCGGAAGCACAUGCGCCAGUCGACCACGGAGCACACGCGCCAGACCUUCCUGCGCAUCCAGGAGCGGCAGGUCCAGUCCAAGAGGAAGAAGGGAGGCCCCAACUACGACCGGCCCCUGACGCAGGAGGAGCUGCUGGAGGAGGCCAAGAUCACCGAGGAGAUCAACCUGCGCUCGCUGGAGAACUACGAGCGCCUGGAAGCCGACAAGAAGAAGCAGGUGCAGAAGAAGAGGAAGUGUGUGGGGCCUGUGAUCCGGUACUGGUCUGUCACGAUGCCCCUUGUCCCGGAACCGGGCAAGGAGGAGAACGUGGACGUUGAGGGGUUGGAGCAGGACCCUCAGCAGGCCGAGGCCGCCCCAGCCGCAGCCUCUGCCGGGAGAUGCUCCCGCACCUUCAUCUCCUUCAGCGACGACGAGACCUUCGAGCGCUUCUUCCCCAAGGCCAAGGCACCGCGGCUGCCGGUGCGGGAGCUGUGCCCCGUCACGCACCGCCCGGCCGUGUACCGCGACCCCAUCACCGACAUCCCCUACUCCAACAUCCGCGCCUUCAAGAUCAUCCGUGAGGCUUACAAGAAAUACAUCACGGCCCACGGGCUGCCCAGCGCCGCCGCCGCCGCCGCCCUGGGCCCCGCCGCGCCCGACCCCGCCGCCCGGCCCGCCAGGCAGAAGAUCAUCAUCAAGCAGAGCGUCCCCAGCAGCUGAGCGCCCCCACCCCGGCCCAGGGCUGCUCUAUUUAUCUCUUUCCUCGUGCUGGUUUUUGUAUGUAAAGAAACAAAUAAACCCUGCUGGGCUGCAGGGCCGGGGGGGC